AUGCCACCGAAUAGCUAUAGGCCUCCCCCUCCCCCUCCCACCGUCACUAUCGCCAGCCAAUCGAAGAAGAAAAAAAACCCUGUCCUGUGGGACAAAGAUGGCGGCCCGAACGGCCUAUCGAGCAUUCGGAUCCUCCUAGAUUGGCUUACCAUUGACGGCAACUAUCAGCGAUGGCGAGGCGAUACCAAGAGUGGGUCAACCAAAGCUGCGUUGGCCAACGAGAUAUUAGGCAUCAUGGCCGUGAGCGGCAUCACCCACCGAGACAACAAAGGCAUUCAAACAAAGAUUCAAGAACUUCAGAACUCGUACUCAAAAGCAAGCGACUUCCUCCGCAAUACCGGCUCGGGCCUUCAGGAAGAGGAUAUCCAGAAUGUGGCCCUGACCAAGCUGUGUAAGUAUUGGGACGAGCUACAUCCCAUCAUGGGCUCGAGAACGGUCGCAACCCCCCUCUACACGGCUGAGUCAACCUCCUUCGGAACCCCCGAUUUAACUGGUGGCCGGAUGACCGACAAUGACACCAACGGUCCUGCCGAUCCAUCCAGCGUUCCCGAUGUCCCUCCUGGGACCUCCAAGCCAGCAAACGCAACUGCCACCGAAGAUGAAGAGUUAGAUCCGACUGCUUCCGGUCACACGAGAUCUCCUGGUCCAUCCAGUAAGAAGAAUUCCAAAAAGCGGAAGAUGGCUAAGAAAGGCUUAUCUGCAGAACUGGACCCCCUAGGUCUGGCAAGUCUGAUGUCCGAGGCCAACAGCUACCGAACAAAAUGCUUUGCAGCUCGCGAGGCGCGCGAGAAGAAGAAGCGUGAAACCGAGAGAAGAGGGCGCAGGAUUCGUGUUAUGGAAAUGGAGGCUCAGAUGAAGAUUAAGAGGUUUGAAUCGGAAGAGAUACGCAAUCGGAUCAGUUACAUGAAGGAGCUGAAAGCUCUCGGGCACAGUAAGAAGGAGAUUAAGGAAUUCUUCGACGCCCAAUACGGCGAGGGCAACGCGAAAGAAGAUGAUUCUUCUGAAGAUCACAUCUCCGAGUCCAGUGCAGAUAGCAGUUCCGAAUCCGGUGACGAGUCUGGCGAGGAACGUACCAACGGUUCAGGAAGUGAGGAAGAAUGA